ACAGUUAUAUCCGGGUCACGGACUUCACUGCUUUACGCGCACGUUCGCCGUGUUUGUUCAGUGGGUUUUGUCCGCGUAGACUAUAGUUUCCGCUGACACGAAGUAAAGUUCCUAAUGUGCGUCGGCUGACUGCGGUCCGGCCACAUAUGGGGCGCCCAGGUGGUCACGUGGAACCGCACCUGGAGAGCCAGAGUAGUGUUUUCAUUCAAUUAUUAGCGUGUUGAAUGUUGAAUCAAUAUCAGUUAACCAUUGAGACACGCACACAUUCAAAUUACAUUGUAAAAUCGUCAGUAUUUAAUGAUCUAGCGUAGUUUUUUUUUUCUUUCUUGAGUGACAGACCCGAACCACUUUCAAUUCAACCCCAUACAGCCCGACGUGACUGUAGUCUAACCCAUGUGGGGCGAACUCUCCGGCUGCCUCUCAGACACCGACUGCCGGCUGGUGUGGACCGUGUGGACCGAGCAGCAGCAGCAGUCACGGCAGCUGCCGGCUGGUGUGGACCGUGUGGACCGAGCAGCAGCAGCAGUCACGGCAGCUGCCGGCUGGUUCUCCGGACGUGUCCGGUCGUUCGGCUCCGCCCUCGGAGACGCUGCUGUCUGCCGGCCGCGCUGAGGAGCGACGGACGUCACGCAACAGUCCGGCUUUCACAAGUCACUGGAGGGAAGAGGGAGAAAGUCGGGUCGGUUUGAGUCAUGAGACUGGGCAUGGCGGAGAGGCCCGAGCUGAGGGUGUGACCACAUCAGGCUGAAACUGCUGAAGUAAGCCGCCUCAACGCAGUAAACCGUCUACCGCAGCGGGGGGAAGAUGGGAAAGGCGGAGGAGGAGACGGAUAAUGUGGGGAAACUGUUUGAGGACUUUGUCCAGGCCUCGACGUGUAAGGGGGCCCUUCAGGCCUUCAACGUCCUCUGCAGGAAGCUGGACAUCGACCCCGCGGAGAAUGACACCUUCUACGGCAGUCUGAAGGCGAAGGUCACCUCCUGGAAGGCCAAAGCACUGUGGGGCAAACUAGACAAGAGGAUGUCCCAUAAGGAGUACAAGAAAGGCCAAGCCUGCGUGGGCACCAAGUGCCUCAUCAUUGGAGGAGGCCCCUGUGGCCUGCGGACGGCCAUCGAGCUCGCUUUGCUGGGGGCCAAAGUGGUGGUGAUCGAGAAGAGAGACGCUUUCUCCAGGAACAACGUGCUGCACCUCUGGCCCUACACCAUUCAUGACCUGCGGGGCCUCGGGGCCAAAAAGUUCUACGGCAAAUUCUGCGCAGGAGCCAUAGACCACAUCAGCAUUCAGAAGCUGCAGUGCGUCCUCCUGAAGAUCGCUCUGAUUGUUGCCGUGGAGUUUCACGUCAAUGUGGAGUUUGUGAAGCUUUUGGAGCCUCCGGAGGAUCAGGAAAAUGAAGGGCUCGGGUGGAGGGCUGCGGUCCGACCCGCGGAUCACCCCGUGGCUAACUUUGAGUUCCACGUUGUGGUGGGGGCGGACGGACGCAGGAACACUCUGGAAGGUUUCCAAAGGAAGGAGUUCAGGGGAAAGCUGGCGAUAGCCAUCACAGCCAACUUCAUCAACAGGAACACCACUGCAGAGGCCAAAGUGGAAGAGAUCAGCGGCGUGGCCUUCAUCUUCAACCAGAAGUUUUUCCUUGACCUCAAAGAGGAGACAGGUGUCGACCUGGAGAACAUUGUGUACUACAGAGACAACACACAUUACUUUGUCAUGACUGCCAAGAAACAGAGCCUGCUGGACAAGGGAGUCGUCAUUAAUGAUUACGCAGACACCCAGAUGCUGCUGAGCAGUGAAAAUGUCAACCAGGAAGCUCUUCUGUGCUACGCCCGAGAGGCCGCUGACUUUGGCACCAACUACCAACUUCCCACGCUGGAUUUCGCCAUGAACCACUGCGGGCAGCCGGAUGUAGCGAUGUUCGACUUCACAAACAUGUACGCCUCUGAGAAUGCUGCUCUGGUCAGGGAGCGAUUUGGACACCAGCUGCUGGUGGCACUGGUUGGCGACAGUCUGCUUGAGCCCUUCUGGCCCAUGGGGACGGGCUGCGCCAGAGGCUUCCUGGCUGCCUUCGACACGGCCUGGAUGGUAAACAGCUGGGCUCAGGGUCGGACAGCGCUGGAAGUGCUGGCAGAGAGGGAGAGUAUUUACAGGCUACUUCCCCAGACAACACCUGAAAACAUUGCCAAAAACUUUGAUCAGUACACCGUCGACCCUGGGACUCGAUACCCCAACCUGAACUCCUCCUGUGUCCGGACACACCAGGUGCGUCACUUGUUCAUCAGCAAAGAGCUGAAUCCCUGCUCUCUGGAACGUGCCGCAACCAUACGUCGACCUGUCAAUCUCUCCAGACAAAAGUCGGACAUCAGACCGGCGAGGCUGCUUACAUGGUGCCAGAAACAGACCGAGGGCUACAGGAAUGUGAUGAUAACGGACUUGACAUCUUCUUGGAAAAGCGGUAUCGCUCUGUGCGCCCUCAUCCACAGGUUCAAACCCCAGCUGAUAGAUUUUUACUCCUUAAACGAGGAAGACCACUCUGUCAACCUCCAGCUGGCGUUUGACAUCAGCGAGCGUGAAUUUGGGAUCCGAUCAUUCACAUCUGUGAAGGAGCAGGGUGCCGAUCAGGAGCUGGAUAAGACCAAGAUGAUCACCUACCUGUCCAAGUUCUACGAGCUGCUGCGUGGCACACCUUUACCUGCCUCAGGUUCCAGAGAUGUGGAUGAAAACAAUGAAGAUUAUCCGUCUCAGGAAGUCAGAAGCAACAACAAAGGGCUGAACCUUGCUCUGCCCAGGAAACGGGUACCGAAGGAUGAAGAGACGUCAGACGGUGCAGAUCCCAUUUACAAAAGGAGGCGGAAACUCUGCAGUUAUUUGGAGGAGGCCACCAAUUUGUCGAGUAAUGGCUCUGCAGUGCGAGAGGAGCGAGGGCCCAAGGAGAACAGAGUACGCUCCAUGGCCACUCAGUUGCUGGCCAAGUUUGAAAGCACACCCAACUACACCGUCCGGAGAACACAGUUGGAGGACAGUAUCAGAAAAGAAGCGGCACUUUUAGUGCGCUUGCCUUCAAAGACUCUGCCCAAAUCUCCCCUCCAGCCAGAAUCCCAACACCCAUUUUCACUAGUGAAGCUCAGACAUGUUGAUCGGACGCGUUCUGAGGCGAAGCCCGAGGCUCAGCCGGAGAGUGCAGACCCCCCUGCUUCCUCUUCAGCCUCCCGCCAAUCAGCAAUCCAUUUCAUGUCAAGAGUGCUGCGGCGCCUCAGGGAGGUGGACGAACACGUCUCUGAGAAAAAAGCUCAGACACAACAGGCUAGAGAAUUUCACUCAAAGAGUAUAAAGGACAAAGCUGUUCACCUUAGUGGGUUGUUCUCAUCAGAAAGCUCAGCUGUACUCGAGGGCAGCUCAGUCCGAAGGGCCUUCCCCCCCUCGGGUGACAAGUGUCACUCAUGCGAGCGGCGUGUUUAUAUGGUGGAGAGGGUCUGUGCCGAGGGGCUCUUCUUCCACAGGGAGUGUUUCCGCUGCUCCACCUGCAGCUCCGCCCUGCGUCAGGGAGCACAUGCUUUUGACUCGGAACAGGGAAAAUUGUACUGCAAACUGCAUUUUGAUCAACGGAACAAUGGAACAAACUCACAGAGGACCUUUUCCCCGCGUUCAAAUCGUUCUGCAGCUGGAGCUCAGGAGCAAUGUGCGGACGAUGGACCGAGCUCGGAGUCCGGCGGCACGGCGGACCUGCCGAGUGGACCCUCAGCAGCUGAAGCCUUUUAUGAGUGUGAGCCAGCUUGAUGACUGGGAGAAAUCACAUUUUAAAGGUGAUCACCUGCAUGGUCACGUCGCAAUGUGUCAUACUUGUGAUGUGGCUGGAGAUACUGACGAUACGUAACUGACCAAACGUUUUGACGUAACUCAACUAAUGAGCGGCCUCAGCGUUUGUUAUUCAUCCUUCGGCUGUUUUGGGAAUGGUACUAACUAAGCUUGUUUCAAAACCCCUAAAUUGCUGUAUACAUCUGCUUUUCUAGUGGUUCCAAUAGUAUGAACACUGAGAUUAAUGUCUGAUUUGAGAAAUAGUACUAACAUGUAAAGAUACCAACAAACGUCCAAUCAGGCUUCAUUUUUUCUCUUUUUGCUCUUAAGGUUUCUUCUCAACUUUUUCAGAUGAAAAUCAGUUCUAUUAGUAUUUACCAAUCGUUAAAAGGAUGCACAAAGGUGCAUUCUCUCUUAGAGCUUUUGAUUGCAUCAAUGGAGUUGUCACGGUUUUGCAGAUGUUUGCAGUUUUAUGUCUGAGAACUUCCAAUGUCCACUUUUACAGACCACUGUUUCCAGGUGAGUAAUAAUAUUUUCCUAAAUUUGUAACCAACAAAUUCUCUUCUGCUCUUUAGAGAGCUCAAUCAAAUGUCAUUUUGUUCAGGUUAAUUGACAUUUAUAACCAUUAGAUCUUAAAUGGAGUUUUCCUCUGUUCAUGAGAAUACACAUUACAAUGAUCCCUCUUUACAACUUUUAAAUAAACGCAAAACAAAGUUGUUCACGGUUCUGUUAAACUCACCUUGCAUGGAGUGUGAAACCGUUUCCUGGUUUAAAAAAUAUAUGUUUUUAAUAUUUUCAUGAUGAUCUGAUAACUGCAAUUGAUGUUUUUAUUGAGCUGUUCAUACAGCAACAUUUAUAGAAAUGUGCAUUGAUCUCUGUGACUAUGUUUUCACCUCACAACUACCUGGUUUAUAAAAUCCAUUAGUUGCAUUUCUGUGCACCCUGAUUUCAAAUGAAAGGUAGGUAAGUACUGUGAUGGAAACUACUCAGGGAUGCCCUUCACGACUCCAUUGACUUAAGAAACUGCUGUAAGACAUGAUUCUACUUAAUCAAAAACGUCCUUGACUCUUUCAACAACAGUUUAGAUUUGGUUGAUACUUCUAUUCUUCCUUUGCUCUUUGAGAAAAUUGUGAAGGGUACUUUUUGAAGACUUUUUGUCCACCAUUUAUCAUUUCCACCAUGACUUCUGCUCCCACUACUGUUAUUAUGAUGAGAAUACAUUCUACCGUAUUUUGAAAAGUGUGGAAAAGUGAAAACAUUAAAUAGAGGCCCCACUUUCUUUAUCCGUUACUACUACUGGCGUACAGUCAUAUAGUAUCGAAGUAGCCGUUUAUGCACCUGAAGCUCUCCUCUAAACUAACACAUACAGCUUUGUCGAUGAAUUAUUCUCUACAUGCCGUGUUGUUUCUCUGUCAACUCAAAAUUCAUGAAUAAUUUGUGAGCAUCUCUUUCUCUGUUACUCUUCUAAUGCACCCAUUUCCAUUACAUCCCCCCAACAAAAUAAAAGCUAGCUCUUUAGAUGGUACAUUAAGGCUUUUUGGUCCCUAAAAGCGUGUUUUAAUAUCACAUGAUGUGACCGAGCAUAACUUUUUAAUUAUAUGUCUUGUGUGCAUAUUGCAAUGUAUCAGUGAAUCUCAACAUCUGAAAAUAGGUAAACACAAAUCAUCAGGUUCCUACACAGUAAAGCCGAUGAGCUCUUCAUGAAUAUAUAUACUCCAUUUUCAUUUUUAAUGAAAUGAAGUCAAAGACUGAUGCAGACUGAUUACUGACAUCAGCUGCCACAACAAUGGAUUAAAAAUGAUUUUCUUUGUGAAUUUACAGUACUGUUAGUGGUGAACAUAACACCUCAAAGAUCCUUAACAGUUCCAGGGUACACACAGAAUACACAUCUUAAAUUGUAAGGAGCAGUCAAGGGAGUGCACGUCUAGUGAUAAACAUUACAAUGAUUGUUUCUUGUUGUUUUUCAUCCAGAAGCUACUACACAAGUGAGCUGUCACUUCACCCACAGAUGACUGAGAUUUAAGGAAUUCCUAUAAUUCUUCAUGCAGUCAUGAUGUCUACACUUGUAAUUAAUGCUGACUUCCUGAACCUUUGUAAAAUAUAUGUUCUUGUUUUGUAGAGUGAUUCCUGGAUUUUGUCCCACCGUAUUUCCCCAAUAAAUGUUUAUUGCUAUCUGA